AUGCCAAACCACACAGUUAUACUGGAAUUCAUUCUUCUUGGCAUUCCCAAAACAGAAGGCAUCCAUAAUAUCCUCUUUGCCGUCUUUCUAUCCUUCUAUCUCAUCACUUUGCUCGGGAACCUCCUCCUCCUCUCUGCAGUCAUCUCCGAUGCUCGCCUCCACACACCCAUGUACUGGUUCCUCUGCAACCUCUCAGUGGUAGACCUUGGCUUCUCCUCCAUCAGCACCCCCAAGUUCUUGGCCAACCUUUGGGCAGGGAGCAGAACGAUCUCCUUGGGCGGAUGCAUGUGCCAGGUCUUCUUCUACCACUUCCUGGGAAGCACCGAGUGUCUCCUCUACACAGUCAUGGCCUAUGAUCGCUACGCCGCCAUCUGCCACCCGCUGAGGUACACGGUCAUCAUGAACCGGAAGGUGUGUGCCCUUUUGGCAGCCGGCACAUGGUUCACCAGUUCAUUCCAUGCCACCAUCUUGACCAGCUUGACCUUCACGCUGCCUUACUGUGGAACCAACGAGGUGGACUACUUCUUGUGUGACAUUUUCCCCGUGGUCAAGCUGGCUUGUGCUGACACCUACAUCAUUGAGACAGUGAGCUUCACCAACAUCGGUGUGGUGCCUAUGGCCUGCUUCUGCCUCAUCCUCACAUCCUAUGUCAGAAUCGCCAUCUCCAUCCUCAAGAUGAGCUCAGCGGAAAGCCGGCGCAAGGCAGCCUCUACUUGCGCGUCCCAUUUGACGGUUGUCUGCUUCUUCUUUGGGCCUUGUGCCCUCCUCUACACCCAGCCGUCCCUGAGUGAUGUGUUAGCCACGCCCAUCCAAAUCUUCUGCAAUGUGGUCACUCCAAUGUUGAACCCCAUAAUCUACACCCUGCGGAACAAGGAGGUUCAAGCAUCUUUCAAAAAGAUGAAAGGUGGAUAG